UUAGUCAGAUAAAUACACGGUUCAGCCCUGUUUACUUGCAUUAUUUAAAGGACAUCCAAAACAUUUAGGGUUUUAGAUAAAUGAAGAGUGUUCCAUUAUGUUGGGUUAUGUUACAGCUUGUCCUUUGGUUAGAUAGGGUAUACCUAUACAAGGUGCACUGUGCUGAGCUAUAUGUAAUUAGCCAUUACAUAGGAUUAACUAAGAUGAAAAAAAGAGGGACAAAUAUCUGACACUGUACAACUGGGGAUUCUGAAUAUAUGAAUGAACAGUUGGAUGAAAACUCUUAAUAAAAUUUUAGGAGUGGGAGAUUUCCCUUAAAUUGGCUAUAACAUCACAAAUUUGAUCUGUGACCGCCAUGUCAUGAUAAAUGUUAUUAGUAUAGUCUUUAAUUAAACGGAUGAUGAUGAUAAUAAAUAGUAAUACUAUCAUUUCUGUAGAGCCUAAAGAUCUGUGUAAGCAGGUCAGGUUCAUAGCCUAUUUUGAAUGACAUGUACACACUAUAUAUAUAGUCCAAAUUUACUAUUUUUCUGGGGUUUGACUGUAUUGGCAACUUAUAUGACAAGUAUAAUUACAUAACAGAAAUCUCUGGCUAAGUUUUCUCCCCAAGCUUUGCUGUCCCUUGGGUUUCCUUGCAGGAUUUCCUGUGCUCCAGACCCUUCUCUAUAUUCCAGAAAAAACACCUCAUAUCUUAGUGGCAGCUAACCAAAUCCAAAUGCCAGAGUGAUACAGCAAUAAUUAAUCUGCAUUUUUAUGCAGGCUUUUAGCACUGGAGCUUACUGUUGCUUAACUGAUAAACGCUGCAUGCCAGUGCAGGGUCUAAAAAACUGUCAUUAUGUUACGGUCUGAAUGGCCCCCUACCACCCAGUCUCUAAUGCAUCAGAGAACAGGAAAUAUGACAAACUUUACAAGCCAGAAUCCCACCCAGGUUCUUUCGUUAUGUUGACAGUAUCAAAGAAAAUGGAUUUUGGAAGAGGGCAUUCUCUUUUCUGGUCCUUAUUUUAAUAACUACUAAUUACAAGCAGUUAUGGUUUGUUAUACCCGUUGAACGACAAUAUCCCCAUUUCUGGAAAAUAUCCCUGAGAGUAAGGCCUUGUCUAUACUAUUACAGUAAGUCGACCUAAGUUACACUACUCCAGACGUGAAUAAUGUAACUGGAGUUGCCAUAGCUUAGGUAAACUUACUGUGGUGUCUACACCAUGUUGCUUUGAUUGGAGACGCUUUCCUUUUGACUUCCCUUACUCUUCUCGGAGUGGUGGAUUACUGGAGUCAACCGGAGAGCGCUCUCCCAUCGUUUUUGCGUGUCUUCACUAGACCCACUAAAUAGACAUCCGCUGCAUUGAUUGCAGCAGCACUGAGCUACUGGUAAGUGUAGACAAGCCCUAAGUAGUAAGACGUUCUUGAGAUUUAAGAAGAUUAGUAGUUUGGAAGAUACCUUUUGUGAGCCUUUCAUGACAUUUUAGGCUUGAUGACUUGGUCCUUGGUAAGGACCAUCAUUGUUUGCUGGUGCUCUUGGCUAUAAUAUUCAGUUACCAGAUUAACAGCUAUGACACUGAUAUUGAGUCAGUCUUUGUAUAAGUAGCUCUCUUGCUGAUAUUCAAGGCCAGUCCUUCCACUGUUUCUUCAAGGAGUUUCCACGUCAAUUACCAUGGACAUCAUUCUAGGAUUGCCAGAGAUCUCUUUUAUCCAUUAUGAAUCCAUUGGAUUUUACUCUAGAUACUGUGAAACCACAGUUUUGCUGAAGGACAUAGAACCAAUUUUAAUUUCAGCUCCUAAUUGUGUAAAUAUUUACAGGCAUGGCAGGAUGUAGUUUUGUUCAGAGUUUAUCAAAUGGGACUGUGCCCUUCAAUUUCAGAUCAUGCCAAAACUUUCCAUCCCUCUUCAGAAAUCCUAUUCAUUGUACACUGCUAUUGGAUGAGGCCCAAUAUCUUCUGGAAAUGGAGACCAAAGCAUAGGUGCUGGUGCCAUGGCCUUAUUGCAACUCUAAAAAGUACAAUCCUUAUUCUAAAUUCUCAAGAUUGAUUUGGGCCCUCAACCUUCAAGAUGCAUAAUUCCUCAUCUUAAUAAGGCAGAAGCAAAGAAAGUAACUCAGAAGGAAGGCAGUGAGAGUUCUUACAAACAACAUUCUGUGGCAAUGGUAUAUUUGAACAGACGGCGAUCCCAGUCCCCUGUGGUGUGACAACAAGUCAUGCAUCACUUUUGUGUAAUUGAGAUUUGAAAGAUGUGCUCUGAGUUAGAAGAACUGAGGGAGCCACCAACGUGUUGUGACCAUGAAAGAGGCUCAUGCAAUCCUAGAAUGCAUCCAGUAAGCUGAAUAAAGUUACUUUUGGUAAAGAGGCUUCUUCCAUGGCAUGAAUCCUCACUUGCUUCCAGGAUCCAAAGCUUAAAGAAGAAAAAGCCUGAGGGUCAGGACACUUAAAGGAGUAAAGAAGUGAUUUAAGUUCCUGUGAGGAACAGAAUUAUCUACUUACAUUAUACAGUGCUGUUUUAGAAAACUAGCCUCUAACCAAGAAUAAAAAUUGUUGUCAGAAUAAUAUGCGAACAGAUCAUGAAGAACUCUGUGGCACCAGUUAUGGACCUUUUUGCCUAAAUGGCGGGAUUUGUUAUAUGAUCCCUACUGUAUCCAGUCCAUUUUGCAGGUGUAUUGAGAACUAUACAGGAGCCCGUUGUGAAGAAGUUUUGCUACCUAGUCUCAAGACCCAAAUUAAAAGUGAACUGUUUGCAGCUUUCUUGGCUUCGGUUGUUGUUCUAGGAAUUCUUGUAAUUGGAGCAUUCUACAUCCUUUGCAGGAAUAGAGCUGACAAGGCAACACAUUGUGUGGAGGAAUUAAAGUCACCACAGGACAAAAACUGGACACAAAGGAGCAAAACUGACAGCUUCUCUCAAGACAGAUGGCUAAAGUGGAAGGCCCACAUUCGAAGGGCCAGCUCAACAGAGCGUGGUGCCAGCCUGGUUGAGACUACCAGCAGCAAUGGCUGCAACAAGAUAACAGAAUAAAGCAAUAAAACAGGAACCAUGGGAGAACAACAUGCAGAGGAACCAUAACAUAACAAGUGCUGUGGAGGGUCUGGUAACCAGGAUGAGCAAAGAAGAAAUUAGAAACAAAUAAAUCUGCUAAUGUACUGGGAGAAGAUGGCACAUAGAUCAUAAUAAGGAAAAAUAGUUACAUUUAUCAGAGUGCCUGAUUACUUUCAAAGAAGGGAAGUCACAUUGUAGAGAAAUCAUUAGAACCAUUUUUGAAUCUUCUGUGAGCUUUCCCCUGACAAAUGUAUUGCAGACUGUCCGCAGCCAAGUAGUUCUAUCUGGGAGUUCUUUCUUUUUCCAAUGCAAAGACAGGGAGCAUGAGAAUCUUUGAGGUAUUUCACCAUGUAAAGAGUAUGAUAUCAUCUUAGGGUUUUCACGAGAUUGUCCCCUUCUCCCAGGAAAGUCUGGAAGCAGCACAAAGAGGUCAAGGGACUCUCUCAAUCCAGUGGUUUCAAAAUAUAUCUGGGAUAUAUGUACAGAAUUUGGCUGACUUCAGACAUACUCACCAGAUGUGGAU